AUGUGGGAUGGGCCGCUACGAAGUCGCCAGAACCUGCGUACAGUUGCGAAGCUUCGCUCGUCUGGUUGUCCCCUCACCCAAUCUGCCAUACAUCCCACAACUACUUCCCCUUCCGAGGGGGAAACCGCAUCUGAAAUUCUUCAAGGUCAGGCGUCUGCUGGUUAUAUCGAAGAGCAACAGUUACCUGCCACCAGCUCUCAGUUGGAGAUGAGCGGUGACAGCAACGCAGCCAGUGACAACAAUGUGGUUAUUAUGACGAAGCGGCAACGUGACGACUUGUCUCAAGCUAGCCAGGCUGAGGUUCUGUCUCGUUUGCGCACGGAAGAUGCUCAAGGGCCCGCAGAAAACAACGGAGCACAAUCUGAUUUGGCGUUGCAUUCCUGCGACAUGGAAGAGCGAGUUGAUUCUAGUAAACUGAACCUGAACCACGUUACCGUUAAUAAGCAUUCUCCACCAGCAUCGAAAUCCGCCGGAAUUUCGCAGCAGAACGAUGAUGGGGGAUGCGGGGCUUCGGAGAACGUCGACAACACCACCACUGCAGCGUCGAAACAGAGAGGAAAGCUUUUACUUGACUCGUCUUCGUCUAAUUGCACCCCAAAACAACAGGCCCAACAAGCUGUCACACAAGUGCCGGAAUGGGAGCUGUCUCACGAACAAGAGCGUAUCUUUGAUAUUGUCGUAAACCACCGCCGCUCCGUAUUUCUUACUGGUGGUGCAGGUACGGGCAAGUCCCACCUCCUUCGUGCAAUCAUUGCUGCACUACCACUUUCCACCACCUUCGUCACCGCAACGACCGGGUUAGCGGCACUUAAUUUGGGUGGGACGACACUGCACAGUUUUUCAGGAUGUGGCUUCGUUGACCAACAUACCAGCACACAUCAAAUGGUAUAUAGAAAUGUUCUUGGACGAAAGAAAGCUAGGGCUAAUUGGAGAAAGUGCCGCGUGCUCGUUGUGGAUGAGGUAUCUAUGUUGGAUGCAUGGUUCUUUGACAUGUUGGAGUACGUCGCACGGCACAUUCGAGGGUGUCGAAAGCCCUUUGGUGGUAUUCAGUUGGUGCUAUCCGGUGAUUUUCUGCAGCUUCCACCGGUAAAUAAGCACAGCCCUAAACAAGAAACUCGCCUGUGUUUUGAAGCGAAGUCUUGGCCCCGCGUCAACCCGCUGGUGUGCACGUUGUCUCAUCAAUUCAGGCAGAAGGAUAAGGAAUUCUUCUCGCUUCUUAACGAAGUUCGUGUUGGCGCCCUAACUGCCCCGUCUCUUGGGCUGUUAAGCUCAUUAUCGGUCAUUACCACUGUAUCGUUUGUCGAUGAGGAGAAACUGAAGUUGAAACGGGAGGUAGGAGCUGAAGCUGUUGACAUUAUUACGGACAGUAAGGGUAGAACGCGACGACAACGUCAGGAUGGUUUCACCAUCUUGCGUGCGCGCCGUUCUGAGGUUGAUGCCAUAAACACAGAAAAGUUUGGUGAACUCGACACAGAGAUUUACAGCUACAAGGGGGCGCACCGUGGCGAGGGUCAUUUCCCAUCUGACUUGCCUUCCACGGUAUCCGUGCGAGCUGGUUGCCGUGUGAUGCUUCUAGCUAACCUGGAUCUUAGUGCCGGUCUGGCGAAUGGUAGUAUUGGAACCGUCGAAAGUUUCGUUAGCAGCAAAUUACAUCAGACCGCAAAUCCUUCGACGAAGGAUGACCUGCAACAUUUGGCUGACCACAUGAUGCUACCAGUAGUUCGCUUCGAUCACAAAGGUAAGCAGGGGCCAGGAGAUGGUGGUGGUGCGGCUGCUGGUCGGUUGGUGGUAAUUGAACCACAUCGAUGGACAAUGCGUCAAGGCGACUCUGAUGUUAGUUGCAGCAUUCAGAUUCCUCUUCAGUUGGCGUAUGCUAUUACUAUACACAAGUCACAGGGCAUGUCUCUUUCGCAUGUGAAUGUUGACUUCGCCGGUAUUUUUGAGGAGGGACAAGCAUAUGUGGCCCUUUCACGGUGUACUGACGUGGCGAACCUGGUGAUUGAAAACUUCGACGCCCAGCGGGUGAAUCCCAACAUUAAGGCAUUAGCAUACUACAGGGCACUGGAGUUUGUCGGCACCGAGCAUAGGGAGGCAGAAAAAAAACUUAUCGACAACGGAAACAAAAUGAAUCCUUGGGGUCCAUACGAUGUUGAGGAUUUCGAAGCCUCGGAUGAUGAUAACGGAGGUGCCGUCAAGAAAGAGGUCGUGGAAAACCUUACCUAUGACGCUGAAAAUAUUUCUUGCAUGGUAGAGCAAUUCCGCCAGAGAUACAUGCCGCAAUACAUUAUGUUUUCAACUCUGCGCCGACGAGUCCUGUCCAACACGGAAGAUGCGGCACGCGUAAAGGGUGCGUUGUUAGUAAUGGACACGACGUCGCUACUAGCGUUAACUAACAUGACGGGUCCCACAUCAUUGUAUCAAACAAUAUUUACUGAACGCGGGAACAUGAUGAGAGUUCCGCGAGUGGUGAAGGAAGAACUACUGUUCUUGGCGUCGACGGAUGUUAAGGAAGUGAGCAGCGUUACGACGCCAACACUUCAUAGUUUCUGCAGCACUUGCUCUAGCACUCCAUGUUCGACUGGUUUUAGCUAUGAUUUUGUUGAAGUAGUGAGCUGUGCUCUUAGCAUUAUGGAAAAUGCAAAAUGUGACUUUCUUUUGGAUGAACAGCGUGAGGGCGAGGCUAAUUCGCUUCCGCCGGUGAUCCAAGAAUGGAGGUCGCUGUCUCCACUACUAAUGCUAAACUCGUCCCCUGAUACGGGUGAAAAGGAUGCUCCGAGUGUGAUCGGAUUCGGCGAGCGCUCUCGAGAGCAGCAUCACUCCACAUUAAUGUUUGCUUCUUUCCUUGUAAGCAGGUAUAGCGGAAACGGCGCGGUAUACGUUUGCACGGAAACCGUUGAGCUCGCGGCGCGGGCAUUAGCCAUUGGGUUGCGCGUCUGUUCGAUCGCGUAUUUAUGCAAUCGCGCCCGAAGGGUGAACUGA